CUCGGUUUUCGCUGCCCAGGAUCUUCGUCAAGUCGUCCAAGUCGGGCUGCUGUCAGUUGCGGCUCCUCUGGUUUGUUUGGUUUCACUUAUUUCCAUUGAAUUCAAUAUGACGACAAAUGCUAUUGUGGUUAAUAUCACUCUCGAUGGUCAAAAUUAUCCGGAGUGGGCUUUCUGUGUUGAGACUGCACUCCGGGGACAUGGAUUACUCUUCCAUUUGACUGAUGCAGCACCUGUUCUUGCUGAUGAUCGUCGCAAUGCUGCUGAUAUCAAAACAUGGCAGCUUAAUGAUGGUAAAGUGAUGGCUGCUAUGGUGAACAGCGUCAAACCGUCUAUGAUUAUGAGUCUGUCUAAAUUCAAAACUGCUAAAUCCAUCUGGUCUCAUUUGAAGGAGCGUUUUGUUCAGGAUAGUGGUGCUCUAUUACACACCCUUAUGCAGCAGACACAUGUUAUUGAGCAAAAUGAUAUGAGUAUUGAUGAGUACUACUCAGCCUUUGAUCGCCUGAUGAGUGCUUUGACAUCAAUGGUGCCUGCUUGUACUGCUGAUCCAUGUCCGGCUCAUAAGUUUAUUGAGAAGUUCUUCACUUACAGAUUUGUUAUGGGUGUUCGGGCCGAGUUUGAUUCUCUUCGUGCUCGUUUACUUCAGGGUUCUGACACUCUCACAAUGGCUAAGGCGCUGUCUGAUUUACUUGCUGAAGAGACUCGUCUUAACUCUCUUUCCUCUAAUGGUGGUAAUCCUCACAGUGUGUUGGCUGCUGCCCAGAAACCUAAGAAUAUUUUUAAGCCUUGUGAUCACUGUGGCAAGACCAAUCAUCGAUCUGAGCUUUGCUUUGUCAAGUUUCCUGAGAAGUUGACUGAUUUCCGUGCACGACGUGCUGCUCGUGGUCGUGGUCCAGGACCAUCUAAUAGAGGCUCAGUUGCUGUUGCUGCCACUUCGUCCGCUUGUACUUCAGAGUCGGCCUGGGUACUUGAUUCAGGAGCUUCCUUUCAUGUCACAUCUGAUCAGUCAAAGUUGGCUUCUACUACACCUGUCACAAAUGGUGCUUCAGUGCAGACAGCUGAUGGACCUUCGUACAGGGGAAGUGAUUGGGACUGGCCGUCGCCGUAGAGCUGCUCCUCGCCUCUACAUCUUGGACUCUUUGCGGCUUCCUUCCUUGGCUACAUCUCCAGCGCAUGUGCUUUCAGCUACCCUUGCUUCUGUUGCGUCUUUUGCCCAGUGGCAUCAUCGUCUAGGUCAUUUGUGUGGAUCUAGAUUGUCUACUCUAAUAAAGUCAGGUUGCUUAGGUCAUACUUCGGUUGAGUCUGAUUUUCAUUGUAAGGGUUGUCAUCUUGGAAAACAAAUACAACUUCCAUAUUUUACUA